AUGGAGAAAGCAAUUGCACAACUGGAUUCACUCGUUACAAUGUCUUACAGGGAUUCAUUUUCUGAUACUAAUAGUGAAAGUCGGGCAGCCAGCACUGAAGCAUCAACAAGCACUACCAUAGAGGACGUUCUGGAAAUUUGUCAGGAACAGUCCAAGACGAUUCGCGAACUUAAUCAGGAAAAUAUGCAGCUACGUGAUACUGUUCGUCAGCUGAAACUAGCUUUAAAUUACUCUCACGAGCUUCAUGCGACAGCUACUUCUGAUAAAAAAGCUGCAUGUAAUGCUCUUAUCGAACUGGAAAGGCAGCUGGAAAUGGCUUUGAGGGAGAAAAAAGCACUUGACGAAGGACUACAAAAUGCCAGUAAACUUCUUGAGGAGCUUAGAAAUAAGUCAAUUAUGGAUAAAAGAAAAUUAGAACAAACUCAGUCAAUGUACGACGAACUAAAAGAAAGGUACGAUGUGUUUCAGAAACAGUGCAGUUGCAGGAAAUCCCCGUCUCAAAUGUCAGAUUUUAUUCGCAAUGAACUACGGCCGGUUGCCCAAAUGAGUCCAGAUGGAUAUAUUUUUCGGCCUAAUCUGCUGGAAGCUACAAAGGUUGACGAUCAAGAAAACGGGUAUCAGAAGAUAACUGCUGAAAGAAGCAAAGAAAUCAGUGAGGUUUUAGAGCAGUCAUUACGGCAAAAUGAAAUCGUUUUGGAGCAACAGCGCCAGGAAAUAUUACCUGUAAAGCUAUCUAACCAGCAGUCUGCCAAAAAAAACACAAAGCCAGCUAAAGAGGAAGGUCUGUUUCGAACAUUCUUACGACGAAGCUUUUCGACACGUCGGAAGAAAGUGCGAGCCCCAAAUGUACCUGUCAGUAAAAUUGUCUUGGAAAACGAAUUGUAG